GCACGCCGGGAAGCCAGCAGGCGGCGAAGAUGGCGGAGAGCAGCGGUCGCGCCGGCAAGAGCAGCGGGAGUGGCGCGGGGAAGGGGGCGGUGUCGGCAGAGCAGGUCAUUGCUGGCUUCAACCGCCUUCGGCAGGAACAGCGGGGCCUGGCAUCCAAAGCAGCUGAGCUGGAGAUGGAGUUGAAUGAGCACAGCCUAGUGAUCGAUACGCUGAAGGAGGUGGAUGAAACCCGCAAGUGCUAUCGCAUGGUUGGAGGAGUGCUGGUGGAGCGGACUGUCAAAGAGGUGCUGCCUGCUUUGGAGAACAACAAGGAGCAGAUACAGAAGAUCAUUGAGACACUGACACAGCAGCUUCAGGCAAAGGGAAAAGAACUAAAUGAAUUCCGGGAAAAGCACAACAUUCGUCUCAUGGGGGAAGACGAGAAGCCAGCAGCCAAGGAAAACUCAGAAGGGGCUGGGGCUAAGGCCAGCUCAGCUGGAGUGUUGGUCUCCUAGGGACCAAGGCCUUUGCAUUUUUUUUUUACCCUGACUCCCAUUUCUUCUAAUUUCUCUUUAUUGUUAUUAUUAUUAUUUUCUCUGCUAUUGUAAUAUUUUUUUGUUAAUUAAAUGUUUUGGUCAGAAUGCUUA